AUGGCCUCCACAAUUCUGAAGCGAACAAGCUUCUCCUCCUCCUCCUCCGGCAUCCGAAUCGGAGGAGUGCCUCUGAGGUACUUCGCGACUAAGGUUGAAGCAGGCACUGACAUAGUCGCAACCGCACACAAUGUUUCUCUCCAAAAAGCUCGCAGCUGGGAUGAAGGUGUUUCCUCCAAGUUCUCCACUACACCUCUCAAAGACAUUUUCAAGGACAAAAGAGUUGUCAUCUUUGGGCUCCCUGGUGCAUACACAGGAGUUUGUUCACAGCAGCAUGUGCCUAGUUACAAGAAUAACAUUGAUAAAUUUAGGGCUGAAAAGGUUGAUUCUGUCAUUUGUGUUGCUGUUAAUGAUCCAUAUGUCAUGAAUGCCUGGGCAGAGAAACUUCAAGCAAAAGAUGCUAUUGAAUUUUAUGGGGACUUUGACGGAAGCUUCCACAAGAACUUGGGACUAGAGAAGGAUCUCUCUGCUGCUUUACUUGGACCUCGCUCUCAAAGAUGGUCAGCUUUUGUGGUUGACGGGAAGGUUAAGGUUCUUAAUGUAGAGGAGAAUCCAUCUGACUUCAAAGUUUCUGGUGCGGAGGUCAUCUUGAAGCAGAUAUAAACCUACCUUUGUUUUGUAUGCAAUCCAUAUGAGUACUCAAAUCUUUUGUGAAAUCAUGUAUCCAGUUCUCCAACGACACACCCCGGGAGGACAUGUUCAAUAAAUACAUAAGUGUCUUUGAUGUUUCAUAUGUUAAUUCCAGAGUUAUCCUUUAUGUA